CCUAGUAAUAAGACAUUUGUUACUCUGAGGUGUACUCUUUGGUCCGAACUGUCGUGUCAAAAUUGUUCUUUUCUGUGCGCUGUUGGCGCAUAUGUUGACUAUGUUUUAAAUUUUUUCCUGAAAAUUUUGUAUUAAAUUUAUAUUAUUUAACAAAUCAUAAAACACCUUUCAAUUCAUAAAUAUGGUUAGUAUUGAAAGGAAAGGUACAUUCAAACUUGAAUACUUGCUUAAAAUUGAGAAAGAUGUCCAAGAACGAUGGAAAAGUGAAAAGAUUCACGAAAUCGAUGCUCCUGAUUCCACUAAAAGUCCAAAUGAAAAAUUUUUCUGUAAUUUUCCUUAUCCUUAUAUGAAUGGCCGAUUGCAUUUGGGACAUACCUUUAGUUUGUCAAAAUGUGAAUUCGCAUCUAGGUAUCAGAGACUCCGAGGAAAAAAAGUAUUGUUUCCUUUUGGAUUUCAUUGCACUGGAAUGCCAAUCAAAGCAUGUGCUGAUAAAUUGAAGCGAGAGAUUGAAUUAUAUGGUUCUCCUCCACAAUUUCCAGAAAAAGAAGAAGUUGAAGUUGAGGAAGAUGAUAGGAUACCUAAAGAUAAAAGCAAAUCAAAAAAGAGUAAAGUUGCUGCAAAAACUGGUGGCGCUAUAUAUCAAUGGCAAAUUAUGCAAAGCUUGGGAUUGAAAGAUGAUGAAAUACCAAAUUUUGCUGAUGCUUUGUAUUGGCUCGAUUAUUUCCCUCCAAGAGCAGUUGAAGAUCUUAACAGAUUUGGAUUGCAUACCGACUGGAGAAGAACAUUCAUAACUACUGAAGCGAAUAAAUUUUAUGAUUCGUUUAUAAGAUGGCAGUUUCUCAAGCUGAAAGAAAGGAAUAAAAUACAGUUCGGAAAACGAUACACUAUCUAUUCAGUUCGAGAUGGUCAGCCCUGUAUGGACCAUGAUCGUUCUUCGGGAGAAGGGGUUGGUCCACAGGAAUACACUCUGAUCAAAAUGAAAAUUAUCGCACCAUAUCCAUCGAAAUUGAGUUCUUUGGGAAAGAAGCCAGUAUUUUUGGUAGCUGCAACGAUGCGACCUGAAACAAUGUAUGGACAGACGAAUUGUUGGUUGAGACCAGAUAUGAAAUACAUUGCUUUCGAAACAAAAACUGGAGAUAUUUUUGUAUGCACUCGAAGGGCUGCGAGGAACAUGUCUUUUCAGGGUUUCACAAAAACUGAGGGAAAAUUUGAUGUAGUUUUGGAGCUAUUAGGACAAGAUCUUCUGGGAUGUGCUGUAACAAGUCCAUUAUCGCAAUAUGAAAAGAUAUAUGCGUUGCCUAUGCUAACCAUAAAAGAAGACAAAGGCACUGGUGUAGUUACCAGUGUUCCUUCUGACUCACCUGAUGACUACGCAGCAUUGACAGAUUUGAAGAAAAAGCAAGCCUUCAGGGAAAAAUAUAAUAUCAAAGAUGAAAUGGUUCUGCCUUUCGAACCAGUACCAAUAUUGAAUGUACCGGGCCUUGGGAAUCUAGCAGCUGUAACUGCCAAUGAGUUAUUGAAAAUCCAAAGCCAGAACGACAAAGAAAAGCUGCUAGAAGCCAAAGAGAUGGUUUAUUUGAAGGGAUUUUACGAAGGGAUUAUGGAAGUAGGAGAAUUCAAAGGAAAAAAAGUUCAGGAUGUUAAGAAAGAUAUCCAAAAAUCUCUAGUUGAUAAAGCUGAAGCAGAAAUCUAUUAUGAACCCGAGAAAAAAGUAAUGUCUCGGUCAGGUGACGAAUGCGUUGUAGCUCUCUGCGAUCAAUGGUACCUUGAUUAUGGUAAUGGCGAAUGGAAGAAACAAGCAUUGCAUGCUCUAGGGAAAAUGAACACUUAUCAUGAUGAAGUUAGGAAAAAUUUUGAAGGUUGCAUAAACUGGUUACACGAACAUGCCUGUUCUAGAACAUAUGGUCUCGGUACUAAAUUACCUUGGGACGAAAAUUGGCUGAUCGAGUCUCUAUCGGAUUCAACUAUUUAUAUGGCUUACUACACUGUGGCACAUCUGCUGCAAGGAAAUACUUUCAAAGGAACUGAAUCCAACGCUUUGGGUAUAAAACCUGAACAAUUAACCACAGAUGUCUGGGAUUACAUCUUCUUCAAAGACGCCAAAUUUCCCGAAAAAUGUGGAAUCAAAAAGGAAUCCCUCGAUUUGAUGAAACGUGAGUUUGAAUACUGGUACCCUUCCGAUGUUCGAGUAUCGGGCAAAGACUUAGUUCAAAAUCACCUGACCUAUUUCAUUUUCAACCACUGUGCUCUGUGGCCCAAGGAGGAAAACAAAUGGCCAAAAGGCGUUAGAGCGAAUGGGCAUCUUAUGCUUAACUCGUCCAAAAUGUCUAAAUCCGACGGAAAUUUCUUGACCCUUUCUGAGGCUAUUAACAAGUUUGGAGCUGAUGGAAUGAGGUUAUCUUUAGCUGAUGCAGGUGACUCUGUGGAAGAUGCAAAUUUUGUAGAAAGUAUGGCUGAUGCUGGCAUCCUAAGGCUUUAUACUUUCAUUGAGUGGGUUAAGGAAGUUCUAGCAAAUAAAUCGACUUAUAGAACUGGUGUCUUCAAUGACUUUAGUGAUGACGUAUUCCAAAAUGAAAUUAAUUUCAAAAUCAAAGAAACUGCUGAGAAUUAUGAAAAUAUGCUUUUCAAAGAGGCUUUGAGAACAGGAUUCUUUGAAAUGCAAGCUAUUAGAGACAAAUAUAGAGAACUCAGCAUAGAUGGUAUGCAUCUAGAUUUGCUACUGAAAUUCAUUGAAGUACAAACUAUAUUGAUUUGUCCGAUAUGUCCACAUGUUGCUGAACAUGUCUGGGAACUUAUAGGAAAUAAAUUCAGUGUUGUUAAUGCUUCUUGGCCAGUUGUUGGCCCUAUAGAUGAAAUUAAAAUCAAGGCAUCUGAGUAUCUGAUGGAAUCUGCUCAUUCAUUCAGAGUUCAUUUGAAAGCUUAUCAACAGGGAAUCAAAACUAAAACCAAUCCUAACCCUGCUCCUGUAGAGAAACCUAACGUCGUGAGCAUCUGGGUGGCUAAGAGUUUUCCUUCGUGGCAGAGUUGCAUUUUAAAAUGCCUCAAAAAUCACUAUGAGAAAGAAGGUACGCUUCCAGAUAACAAGUCUUUAUCUGCAGAAUUUUCAAAAAUGAGCGAACUGAAAAAGUAUAUGAAAAGAGUAAUGCCGUUCGUCCAAGCUACUCGAGAAAAGAUGGAGCAUUUAGGAGUGAAAGCCUUGGCUUUGACACUUGAAUUUGAUGAAGCUGAAGUCCUGAAGGCCAAUAGUGUGUACUUGGCUAAUACUUUAGAUGUUGAAGAGGUUGUCGUCAAGUUCACCGAUGAUGAAGAAGCGUCUGAGAAGAUGAAAGAAUGCUGUCCUGGUAUGCCGUUUGUUUUAUUUUCCACUAAACCUGGUAUCAAACUUGAAUUCGUCAACCCAGUUCCGCAAAAUGGGUUGUUAUCGAAAAUAAUUACCAUCAGUGACGGAGACAGUUAUUCUAAAAUAGUCCAAAAGAUUGCCAAGGAUUCAAAACUGAUUAAAAAGCCUGAAUUACUGCAGUUGUGGAGAUUUGAAGAUCCAUUAGUGGGGCCAACAAAAAUACCAACUUUCACCGAGCCUCUCAAAUAUAAAGUAUUGAUUCCUACGGAAGCAGUCUUCAAAGUUGAUUUUGAUCAAUCAAAAGUCCAGUUAUUAUUAAGUGAUAAGUUGGUCGAUCUUGGAAGACAAAUAACAUACAUGCUUGUUUAACAAUUGGGUUAUGUUCUAUUUAUUUUGAUAAAUAAAUUAUGAAUUUUCCUAAAA